GAAUGCACCAAACAUCACCAAGCAAUUCUAAGGCCCUCCGCCGACGGGCACAAAUAAAUCGGCAAAUCGCUUUGAUACCAUGAGUUCUCUCAAAAGGAAAGAUGCCCCUGGGGCAUCUUCGUCCUCAAAAGCCCCGAAAGCGCAAAGCGACUCUCGACCGUCAAAGCGAUCCAAGUCCGAGAAAACCUCUGCUAAGGAUGAUACUAAAUCGAGCUCGAAAUCGAAAUCAGCCAAGUCAUCUGCAGUAUCGCGAUUGAAGGAAGAGGAACCUCUAUUUCCUCGCGGGGGUGGAAGCGUGCUCACUCCUCUUGAACACAAGCAGAUCUCAAUCCAGGCAAAGCAGGAUGUUCUCUUCGAGCAAGAGUCUGGGCAAGGUGCGAAAAAGCCUGAUCGCGUUCCCAAGAAGAAGAAGGUCAAGGUUUCUAAGGACGGGAAAUCCGGGAAAUUCCUUCAGGAUGACGAAAGCGCAAAGAUAGAGUCUCUCAACUAUAAGCGACUAGUGAAGGGCUCUCUAGUCCUCGGCCAAGUCUCCGCAAUCAAUCCCUUAGAACUCGUCCUCGCUCUACCAAAUAAUCUCUAUGGCCACGUACCUAUCACCGCCAUCUCAGACGCUCUGAACGAGAAGAUCGCGGCCGAAGCGGCUGGUGAUGAGGAAGAGGAAGAGGAAGAGGACACAGAAGAGGAUGGCCUUAACCUAAAGAACAUGUUUAAAAUUGGCCAGUAUCUCCGUGCUUAUGUUACGUCAACUAUCGAAGAAUCAACCGCUCUUUCUACUAAACCUAAGAAACACAUCGAAUUAUCGUUGCGUUCUACUCUCACCAAUACGGGUUUAUCCGACCAAGAUGUUAUCGCUAACUGCACAGUCAUGGCAACGGUUGUUAGCGCAGAGGAUCAUGGGUUCGUUAUGGAACUUGGACUCUCAGAUUCAGACGUACGAGGCUUCUUGCCUCGAAAAGAGCUGGCUGAGGACAUGCCUGAUUCGCAAAUGCAGCCUGGGAGUGUUAUCCUAUGUCUAGUGACAGGGAAGAGCACCAAUAGCAAGGUUGCGCAGUUGACUACUCUUCCAAGAAAGAUCGGGAAAGUUCAAAACUUUGCGUCAGAAGCGACUACGAUCAACGCAUUCCUACCAGGGUCUGCAGUGGAAUUUAUGGUGUCCGAGAUCGCCAAACGCGGAAUAGUAGGCAAGGUCAUGGGAUCACUAGACGUCACAGCGGAUUUAAUCCAUUCGGGUCUUGGUCCUAACGCUCUGGAUUUGGAAUCUAAAUACAAAGUCGGGAAGAAAUACAAGGCUCGUGUCAUCUGCAACUUUCCAAUGGCCAAGGAUCCGAAAUUGGGUAUUUCUCUGCUGGACCAUGUGGUUUCUCUACAGUCGAAGUCAGCCUCCUCAGGUAAAGUUCCUUCGGACGCUCUUCCAUCAUCAGCGAUAGUAGAACAGUGCACGGUUACCAAAGUCGACCCAGAAAUCGGCCUUUUUGUUGAUGUGAGUGUGGAUGGGGUACCUGGGUUUGUCCACGUCUCAAGAGUCAAGGAUGGCAAGGUUGAUAUGUUAUCCGAGUCUACGGGUCCUUUCAAGAUGGGUUCCGUACAUCGCGGCCGGGUAGUGGGUUAUAAUGCCAUCGACGGCAUGUUCCAAUUAUCAUUCGAGAAGCAUGUUCUCGAGCAGCCAUUCCUGCGGAUCGAAGAUAUUCCCGUCGGCGAAGUUGUCAAUGGGGAGAUUGAAAAGUUAAUAGUGAACCAGGAUGGUGUAGGUGGUCUGCUCGUCAAACUUGCUGAGGGCAUUGUUGGACUUGUCCCGGAAAUGCACCUAGCGGACGUUCGGCUACAGCAUCCAGAGAAGAAAUUUCGAGAAGGCCUUAAGGUCAAGGCUCGAGUACUUUCAACCGAUCCAGUCAAGCGACAAGUCAAGCUCACCCUCAAGAAGACGCUCGUAAAUUCCGAGGCAAUUCCACUAAAGUCUUUUAACGAAGUCACCGUGGGCAUGCAGGUCCCUGGUACAAUCAUCAAGUUGCUCCAAAACGGUGCUAUCAUACAGUUCUAUGGCACCCUUAGAGGGUUUUUGCCAGUCUCGGAGAUGAGCGAGGCCUACAUUCACGAUCCGAAGGAGCACUUCCGAGUUGGCCAGGUCGUCAGCGUUCAUGUAUUGAAUUUCGAUGCUGAAGCACAAAAACUCUUCGUUUCUUGCAAAGACCCAUCUGCUUUUGGCCUCGAAAAACAGAACGCCCUCAAGAAACUCCGGCUCGGGGAUCUUGUCUCCGCUAAGGUUGUCCAAAAGACCGAAGACGAUGUUUUGGUUGAGCUGGUCGAUGGCUCACUGAAGGCCAUGAUAUCAAAAUGGCACCUCGCUGAUAAACCAAGCAAGUGCCAAUUUGCCUUGAGACGCAUCAAUGUUGGUCAAACUCUCAACGACCUUCUAGUCUUGGCAAAGAACGAAGCCCGGCGGUUUAUAGCGCUUUCCAAAAAGCCGAGUUUCGUUGAGGCCAGUCAAAACGGCAAGCUUCUUACUUCUCUGGAGGAAGCCAAAGUUGGUCAACUUAGACAGGGUUUCGUACGGAAUAUUACUCCUACAGCAGCCUUUAUCCAGUUUUGUGGCCAACUUGUUGCUUUACUACCCAAGUCGAAAUUCCCGCAGGAAGAUCGAAACAAGGCGGAUUUUGGACUUGAAAAAUAUGAGUCAAUAAGUGUUAGAAUUGAUUCUAUUGACAGUGACAACGGCAGAAUUGUUGUUGCUUCAUCUUCGUAUGUAGAGGAAGAGGACGCCAAAAACGGUGCGAAGAAUGGCUCCAAAAACGGUGCUCCCUCUGCCCCAGCGGAAAAGCUCGAAAACCCAGUAGACGAGACAAUUUCGUCCACGGAUGAUAUUUUCGUUGGCAAAGUCACCGAGGCCAAGAUCAUAUCAGUCAGAAGUACACAACUUAACGUCAAGCUUUCGGACAAUGUACAAGGACGCGUAGACGUCUCUCAAGUUUUUGACUCCUGGGAUAAGAUACCGAACCCGAAAUCACCGUUGGAUCCUUUCCAGACGAAUGACAUAAUCAAAGUUCGAGUUCUAGGUGUCCACGAUUCCAGAAACCACCGGUUCUUACCUAUAUCGCAUCGAUCAACCCGCUCAAUUCUUGAACUGUCUGCUAGACCAUGCGAUCUAAAGGACACUACCCCUCAAAUAUUAGCAUACGACAAACUAGAACUGGGUUCGACUCACGUUGGUUUCGUCAAUAAUAAUACCGAGAAGAAUGCGCUCUGGGUAACACUCUCGCCGGGCGUACGAGGCAGGAUCAGCAACCUGGAGAUAUCAGAUGAUGUAUCCCAACUUGAGAACCUUGCGGCAAAUUUUCCGAUAGGGUCGGCAUUGCGAGUUCGCGUUCUCGCGAUUAAUGCGGCUGAGGGCCGUCUCGACCUCUCGGCACGUUCUUCAACUUCCUCGCCACGUCACACUUGGGACUCUAUUAAGCAGAAUAUGGUCCUUCCUGGUCGAAUCACAAAGCUCAACGAACGACAGAUCAUCGUACAACUGAGUGAUGCGCUUUCUGGCCCGGUCCAUUUGAUAGACAUUAGCGACGAUUACAAUCAGGCAAAUACAUUGUCUUACAACAAGAACGACGUCAUCAGAGUUUCAGUUGUUGAAGUCGAUAAAAGCAACAAGAAAAUUCGACUCUCGGCCCGCCCCUCUAGAGUAUUGAACUCCUCUCUGCCUGUUAAGGAUCGUGAAAUCACUCAAGCAUCACAAAUUAAAACUGGAGAUAUCAUCCGAGGUUUUGUGAAGAACGUUUCUGACAAAGGGCUAUUCGUGGGACUCGGUGGAAAUGUCACAGCGCUGGUCAAGAUUUCCGAUCUUUCGGAUAGAUUCCUUAAGGACUGGAAAGAUGAGUACCAAGUCGAUCAGCUUGUCAAGGGUCGAAUCGUCUCUGUAGACUCUGCCACGGGCCACGUGCAGAUGAGUCUCAAGGCUUCGGUCGCCGACAAGGAUUAUGUGCCGCUUAUCAAUUACUCGGAUCUUCGCGAAGGCCAGAUCGUUACGGGAAAGGUCCGAAAAGUAGAGGAUUUCGGUGCAUUCAUUGUCAUUGAGAACUCUACGAAUGUUAGCGGAUUGUGCCAUCGCAGUGAAAUGGCCGAGAAACCUGUCGAGGAUGCACGAAAGCUCUUCAGCGAGGGAGACACGGUGAAGGCCAUCAUUUUGAAGCUUGAUAAACAGAAGAAGCGAAUUAACUUCGGCCUAAAGCCAUCGUAUUUCGAAGGGGAAAUGGAUGUCGAUGAUAGCGAUGAAGAUGAAGAUGCUGGAGUUACAUUAUUGAACGAUGAGGGCGAUGACGAUGAUGAGAUGGAGGACUCCGAUGCCUCCGUACUCAUUGAAGGGGCUGAUAAUGACUCAAACGAAGAAUCUGAUGAUGAGGAUACUGAGAUGGUGGAUAGGGAGGCCGACGAAGUUGCCCCUCUCGAUGCUGGUGGCUUCGACUGGUCUGCCGGUGCCCUUGAUAAAACCGACGCAGAGGACGCAGACGCAGAUAACGAUGCGAGCGCGACACAGAAGAAAAAGAAACGGAGAAAGCCGCAGAUCGAAGUGGACAAGAGCGGCGACCUUGAUGCGUUCGGUCCCAGGACAGCCGUCGACUACGAGCAACUUCUCAACCGCCAACCCAACUCCUCCGCGCUAUGGAUCGAGUACAUGGCCCACCAGAUGCAAGUCAGCGAACCCGCCAAAGCUCGCGAAGUGGCCGAGCGCGCCGUCGCGACCAUAAGCAGCACCGAGGAGACCGAAAAGCUCAACGCCUGGAUCGCCUACCUCAACCUCGAGGUGCGCUUCGGCACCGACGAUAGCGUCGAGGAGGUCUUCAAGCGAGCCUGCCAGGUCAACGACCAGCAGGAGGUCCACCAACGCCUGGCGAGCAUCUACAUCCAGGAGGACAAGGCUUCGAAAGCAGACGACCUCUUCCAAACCCUCGUCAAGAAAUUCGGCGCCGAGUCCCCCGAGGUCUGGUACAACUACGCGCACUGGCUGCACUCGGCGCGGGACCAGCCGGAACGGGCGCGGGCCCUGCUCCCGCGCGCGACGCAGGCGCUGCCUAACCACGCGCGCUUCGGCCUCAUGACCAAGUUCGCGGCGCUCGAGUUCGUCUCCGCGCACCCGAACCCGGAGCUGGGCCGCACCAUGUUCGAGGGCCUGCUCGCGACUUUCCCGAAGCGCGUCGACCUGUGGAACCAGCUCCUCGACCACGAGGACGCGGUUCCCGUCGACUCCUCUUCUGGUGCUAGCGUGAACAACAAGAAAGCAGCCGUUCGCGACGUCUUCGAGCGCGCGAUAAAGGUCAAGGGUUUGAAGGCCCGCGCUGCGAAGAAGUGGUUCAAGAGGUGGGCUGAUUGGGAGGAGAGGAAUGGCGAUGCGAAGACUAGGGCUAAGGUUAGUGCUAAGGCGGCGGAGUGGGUUAGGGCGAGGGCUGAGGCUAAGGAGAAGGCUGAGAAGGAGGCGGAUGGGGAGGGGAGUGAUGAUGAGUAGAGUAAAGUAGUCGGACGGGGAGGCAUUGAUGCUUUCCUACGUUUGUUUCUACGUGAUUUUAAGGUCCUUGGUUCUUUUCGUGCGUUGUCAUGGACUGAACUGAGCUGAGCUGUCUGCAUGCAUUGGGUUCAACGGUGACGACCCCUAGAUUAGAGGUGUAUAUCUACCUAGGUCAGGCGUAUAAAAGAAAUCAUAUUACAGUUUUUUAGCACCUGAUAUUUUCGCCAUCGAUGUUUGCUGUGUAGACUUACUCGGCUCAAAGACUCGUAUACUAGGUACCUAGGCAUUAAGAAACCCG